UCUCGGCCUGACUCCCAGGAGGAGGGGCUGGGACAGUGGGCAGGUCCUCCUGGCCAAGUGACUGCAACCACAGGUCACUCCUCAAACAAUGCCCUUCUUUUUUUAUCUCCAUCGCACCCAGGGGCCCUGAUGUCUUGGGGUGGGCAGGGGCGUGGGGCCGCCUUAUUACUGAGUGCAGUGCAGCGCUAGCUGUUCCACCUUUGCCCUCCAAAGGUCCCUCUGGAGCAGGCCAUCAGUGAAGCAGUCCCCCCAUCUGAGGUGUCGCCUCCCACAGUUCAGUUAUCCGAGAUCGAAACUACAGAUUGAAAACUAUUACACAGGCUGGGUGCAGUGACGCAAGUCUGUGAUCCCAGCUACUCAGGAGGCUGAGAGAGGAGGAUCACAAGUUCAAGACCAGCCUCAGCAGCCUAGCAAGAGCCUAUUUCAAAAUUAAAAAUACGACUGGGGAUGAUGGUCAAUGCUAGAGCACCCCUGGGUUCAAUCCUCAGGACUAGCAAAUAGGAAAAUAUCAAAGGGAUAAAUGUUCUUCAGUUUUAUGCUGUGCACCAUUCUGAGGAGGGUGAAGGCUCCUCCCUCUGUCCCGAGCAUACCUGUGCUGUACACUCACUUCCCACAGUGGCUUUGUAGUUGCCUUGGUUUUCAGAUGGCCUGAGGCGGUAGAGCGGCAUUUUGUGUUCAAGUAGCCCUUAAUUUACUUGAUGGUAGCCCCAAAGCUCAAGAGUAGUGAUAGCUGGCAAUUUGGACAUGCCAAAGAGAAGCCAUGAAGUGCUUCCCUUGAAUGAGAAGGCGCGGUGCCAGCAUGGCUCAGGGACAGCGUGCUGUCAGGCUUGCAGGAGCCCCGUCCAUGCCAGGCACCACACACACACACACACACACACACACACACGUGAAAUAGCUCUGCAGGGCUCCAGACUCCUGUCUUUCCCUUUGCUCUUGCUGAAGUUGGGACCAUAGGUCGCAGGAGCCAGAUUGGGAUACUGAGGCCUGGAAGGGGAAGUCACACAGACCCCAGAAUAGAGAUAGAAGAGCUACCUAACCGGCGCUCACACCCCAUGCCAGGAGUCUCCCAGGACACCUGCCUCGUGCCUGGGGCUCUGAGCUGGAGCAGGACGGGCCUAGAGGGGGCCAGGAAGACGAUUGGGCCGGAGGAGGUGCCCUGCUAGUGGGCAGCUUUGCCCCGCCUCCACUCUCCUUCCAGUCCCAAGUGAACUUUCCCCCAGAUCCCAGGGUCCAGCCCCGCCCCAGCCAGAGCAGGCCGGGAUUGGUUGGAGCUGGAGGGGGCGUGUUCUGGGCUCCAACAGACCCUGGUCUGCGGAGCAGGCUGAGCAGGUGGAUUUCAAGAUAGACCAAGGGCGAACCGCAGCUGCCGGACAUACCGGGAACUGUCCUCUAGACAUGGCCCCGAACCCCCUCGGUCCCCAGUCCUGUGGUCCAGCAGGGGUGCAGACAGCCUAAACACCGCCACCCUAUGGCUCACGCCUCACCCCUGACCCAGGCUCAGCCGGCUGGCCCGGAGGCCGAGGAGACGGUGCCCCCGGCCGUGGACCUGGUGCUGGGCGCCUCGGCCUGCUGCCUGGCCUGCGUGUUCACCAACCCCCUGGAGGUGGUGAAGACGCGGCUGCAGCUGCAGGGGGAGCUGCAAGCCCGGGGCACCUACCCGCGGCCCUACCGGGGUCUCAUGUCCUCUGUGGCUGCUGUGGCGCGCGCAGAUGGGCUGAGGGGCCUGCAGAAGGGGCUGGCCGCCGGCCUCCUCUACCAGGGCCUCAUGAACGGUGUCCGCUUCUACUGCUACAGCCUGGCAGGCCAAGCUGGCCUCACCCAGCAGCCAGGUGGCAUCGUGGUCGCUGGCGCUGUGGCUGGGGCACUGGGAGCCUUCGUGGGGAGCCCUGCCUACCUGGUCAAGACACAGCUGCAGGCGCAGACGGUGGCUGCGAUGGCAGUGGGGCAUCAGCACCAGCACCAGAGCGUCCUGGGUGCCUUGGAGACCAUCUGGCGGCAGCAGGGCCUGCCGGGGCUGUGGCGGGGCGUGGGGGGCGCUGUGCCCCGAGUGAUGGUGGGCUCGGCCGCCCAGCUGGCCACCUUUGCCUCCGCCAAGGCCUGGGUGCAGGAGCAGCAGUGGCUCCCAGAGGACAGCUGGCUGGUGGCCCUGGCUGGAGGCAUGAUCAGCAGCAUAGCGGUGGCUGCUGUCAUGACCCCCUUCGACGUGGUCAGCACGCGGCUGUACAAUCAGCCUGUGGAUGGAGCUGGCAGGGGCCAGCUGUACGGGGGCCUCGCAGACUGCCUGGCGAAGAUCUGUCAGCAGGAGGGACCCUUGGCGCUCUACAAGGGCCUGGGCCCUGCCUAUCUGCGCCUGGGUCCCCACACCAUCCUCAGCAUGCUCUUCUGGGACGAGCUGCGGAAACUGGCCCGGCGGGGGGCCCAACACCAGGGCACCUAGGCCUCGUCCCUCACCCCCCAGCCUGCCACAGUCUGGCACUUGGCCAGAAGUGACGUCCUUCCUCCAUGAGACCGGCCAUCCCAGAGCAGACCACAGGCCCGGCCCUGCCACAGGUGGGGGCAGCGUGUGGACAACGGUGGCCAACCCAGCACCCGCUCAGAGUGGCCCCUGUCCUUCUCUCUGAGUCCCGGCAGACUGCAGCCCACGCCCUGUUCAUUGUGAAUGACCAGGAUGAGCAGCACCGAGCCGAGUGACCGAACUGUCUCGGCCCCUGGGUCCCCAACAGCAGCGAGUCCAGCGAACCCUCCUUCACUUCUGCGGCUGAGACUGGUGUGCGGGACGUGGGGCCCCACGUGCGGGGUCCCAGGGCGGUUCACUAGGGCUGCCCUGAAGGGGCCACGGACUCAGGGGCUUGAAAUGGGAAAUCCUUUUCUCCCACCUGGAGGCCUGAAGUCUGAGAUCGCAGGGCCGCCGCUUGGUCCUCCUUCCCCUCCACGCUGGGGUGGGAGCCCAGGGCCUGCACCACGUCCCAUCCCAGGCCUGGUUCUCCUGACCUCUCCCCCUGGCUAGAAGCCAACUGCCAUCUCCCUGGGUCCCGCAUAGGUGUCCCCUGGUGUAACUGUGUCCUCAUGUCCUCUUACAAGGACGCAGGUCACAUUGCUCUCGGGCCCACUCUAGUGACCUCACCUUUACUAAAGGAUGAUUAGCCCUGUCUGCACUGCAGGCCCAUCCCAAGGUCCUGGGGGUGGGACCUCAGAGUCUGCAUGGGGCCAGGGGACAGGGACGCGAUUCAGCCCAGACCUCACCUGAGAGCUCGCGCUGAGACCCCGCAAUUGCACAUGUUCAGAUGAUUCCGAAAGGACGUUCAGGGAGCCCGUGGUUCAGACCAGGAGGCUGAGGCCCAGGAAAGGGAUGGCUGCCCAGGUGAGUGGCGGGCACAGCCAGGGACAGGGCCAACAGCAGGCCCCGGCCUUUCCUCCAGCGGCAGCCACACUCCUGCCACAGGCCUGAACUGACCUUGGUACUCCAAGGGAACCCCAGCUCCCUGGCCGGCAGGACUGGCCUGGUUGGUGCAGCCUCCCCGGCCUCCCUGGCCUCCCCUGCCACACCUGGGUGUGAAGAGCGGGCCCUGGAGGCAGCCCCACUGCACACUCCAAACAAUAAAGUUUUCUACUUUGUUUACCUCAA